CAAGCAAAGAGAGCGAAAGAAGGAAGAAGAUGAGCAGCAGCAGCAACGUCAACUCAGUAUUCUAUGCAGAAUCAUACCAUCCAAUUCAAGCAGGAAGCAUCGAUGGAACCGACGUUCUUCCUCACGACAGCGUCUACAGAGCUUUCCUUUGCACCAACUCUGGCCUCUAUGACCCUUUCGGUGAUCCAAAGGUGAUUGGUGACCCCUAUUGCACGAUUUUUGUGGGCCGUCUUUCCCACUCCAGCACUGAAGAAACUCUUCGCCAGGCUAUGAGCAGAUAUGGAAGAGUAAAGAACUUGAGAUUAGUCAGACACAUUGUCACUGGUGCCUCACGUGGUUAUGCAUUUGUUGAAUUUGAAACAGAAAGAGAAAUGAGGCGAGCAUAUAAGGAUGCUCAUCAUACCUUUAUUGAUGAUUCGGAAAUCAUAGUUGAUUACAACAGACAGCAGCUCAUGCCAGGCUGGAUCCCAAGAAGAUUAGGAGGGGGUCUUGGUGGUAGAAAAGAGUCUGGGCAGCUGCGUUUCGGAGGGCGAGAACGACCAUUUCGUGCUCCCUUGUAUGUGUUAAUCCUUUGCUUCUUGAACCAUGCUAACUAAUUGACUGGAAUUUUUCUAGAUGAAAGUUGCAACAGAAGGUAUAAGGAACGUUAAAUAGUCCAUUAGAGUUGUUUUCUUAUAGGUUAUGCCUUGGUUAUUUUUGGCCACUGGGAUAUUUUCUCUUGUUUCCAUUUGUAAUAAUUUAAUCGCUUUGUGGGAUAUAUAGAUUACAUAAUGGGUGACUGUUUUCUUUUGUCUUAGUAAAAGGAUGUUUUCAUAAAUAGAACUUUUGCAAGUGGGAAACAAGUAGAUGUCACAUAAAUUUUGCUAGUGACAGAUGUUAAUGCAAAUUUUAUUGAUGCAUACUCUUGAGAUUUAGGAAAGUAUCUGCUGCGUUAUCUAAGCUUGUAAAAUUAAUCUACUUUUCUCAAGGAAUAUGUUGUUACCGAUUCAGUUAUUGGAUUUCAGCACUUCUGUUUAUGGAUUCAAAUGUUUUGAGCAUCAAGCUUAUUUUCCACAUAAAGUUGAAAUCAGAUUUCACUCUUUUGGUAGACUUUUAUUAGGUUUACCACCUUGGUGAACAUUGCGGAUAAAGAAGAUGAUCCUAAUUUAGACAUUGGUUGUUCUUCAACUGGAUCACUUUAUGAUAAAUUCAUUGAUUGAAUCACAUAAUUCAACAAUUCAAUGAAGGGUUGAUCC